AUGACUAGUUCGUUGAAAGAAGCAGAGUCAAUUCAAGUCAGGAGCCAAGAGAAGGAAGGAGUCAGCCAUAAGAAGAAAAAAGUUGAACCAUUUUUGACGGAAGUUCCGAAACUUUCAGUGUUUUUUCGUCCGAUUAGUGCAAGCUCGCAAAAUUCAAGUGAAAAUGAAAUUGCUUGUGUUCCCUUGGAUUGCACUGUUGGAGAAAUUUUAUCCACCAACAACGAUGUAAGUCUGCCAAAUUCACCUUCAUCUUUUGAACAAAGUCCAGAUACUCAGGAAUUGGAGACUGGCCAUGCGGCCCAUGCCGAUUUUUCAGUAAAGCCAGUGUGUAGCUCAGUAGAUCUACAAAUCACUGACGAAACUUCAACUUUGACUUUAUUUUCUGAAGACCCGGCAAACUGGGAUAGAGAAAACGAAAAUUUAAUUGAACACUUGAUUUUGAAUCCUCCAAAGAGCAAUUCGAACUUAAUUUGCCGUUCUAGUUCUAGUACCAGUAGCAAGUUUGAAGCAAUUCACAGUGAGUAUGAAGUGAAAGACAAGUUGCGGGGAUCCACUACAGAUAAUGGAUCAAAUUUUCUCAAGUGUUUCAGAGAAAGAGAUGCAUCGUCUUCACUUCCUAACUACGACGACCUAAUUGAUGAAGAAUUUGAAGAACAUUUACUAGAAGAAGAAGCUGACGAGGACAUGUUCUACUUUGAUAUAGGCGAUAUAUUGACUGAUCUUCCGUUGAACAGAACACCACAAAAUGAAAAUGUGACCCUUCCAGUACACAGGAAGUGUGCAUGUCACCUUCUCAGCCUCAUCUGUAAAGUUGACAUCUAUAAAAUUCAAGAUCCUCUUAUGGAACAACUGAGUUCAACGCUGAAAGAUGAGGCAUCUAUUAUUCACUGCCAGCCAUUAAUAACAAGUCUGUUAGACGCUAUUCAAUCUAGAUUUGAAAAAAUGUUUUCUGACAAUGAGCUUCGUUUAGCUACCAUUUCAAAUCCAAUAUUCAAGCAAUCAUGGCUGGAAAAUUCAGAACAAUUUAAUCGAGCCAAAUCAGAAGACAGUAGCGACGGAACAUCCUCGUUUCAUUCAGAAACAAGCCCUGAAAAACGUAGGAAAAAGGACUUUUUUUCUAGUAUAACGAAGAAAAUCAGUAAAGAGAUUACAAACGAUGAAAUUGAAAAAUAUAUGUACUUCUGUCAGACUUUGGAACAACUCAACGAUUAUCCAACAAUGACAUACAUUUACAAACGCUACAACGUGACUCUCCCAUCUUCUACGUCUGUGGAGAGGUUGUUUAGUCGGGGAGGACUAAUUUUUACCCCUAAACGGUUAAAACUUACUGACAAAAACUUUGAAAUGUUAUUGUUUUUAAAAGUGAAUCACAAAGUUUUUGAAGAAGAAUGUUGA